GCCGCCGCCGGGGCCCGGGGGAGCAGCCGGGCUGCCGCUGGCCAUGGUGGCCCGCCCGCCGCCGGCGGGGCAGGAGCAGGCGCGGCGGCGGCGGCCGCCAUUGCGCGCGGGGGCCGCGGGACUAUGAAGGAUGGAAGCGGACGAGGUGACGAUCCGGGAGCAGAAUUUCCACAGCCAAGUGCGGGAGUACACGAUCUGUUUUCUCCUGUUUGCUGUUCUCUACAUAGUUUCCUACUUCAUAAUCACAAGAUACAAAAGGAAAGCAGAUGAGCAAGAGGAUGAAGAUGCCAUUGUUAACAGAAUAUCGCUGUUCUUGAGCACCUUCACUCUAGCAGUUUCAGCUGGUGCAGUCCUGCUUCUACCUUUCUCAAUAAUCAGCAAUGAGAUCCUGCUUUCUUUUCCACAAAACUACUAUAUUCAGUGGUUAAAUGGCUCACUAAUUCAUGGUUUGUGGAAUCUUGCUUCUCUUUUUUCAAAUCUAUGUUUGUUUGUGUUGAUGCCCUUUGCGUUUUUCUUCCUGGAAUCAGAAGGAUUUGCUGGCUUAAAAAAGGGCAUCAGAGCACGCAUUUUGGAAACCCUUGUAAUGCUCAUCCUUCUUGCACUGCUUAUCCUUGGAAUCGUAUGGGUGGCUUCAGCACUCAUAGACAAUGAUGCUGCCAGUAUGGAGUCUUUAUACGACCUCUGGGAAUUCUACCUCCCAUAUUUAUAUUCCUGUAUAUCACUGAUGGGAUGCUUGUUACUUCUGUUGUGCACGCCAGUGGGACUCUCACGGAUGUUUACAGUAAUGGGUCAGUUGCUGGUGAAGCCGACAAUCCUGGAAGACCUAGAUGAGCAGAUGUAUAUCAUCACUUUGGAGGAAGAAGCAAUUCAGAGGAAGCUUAAUGGUGUAUCUUCCACAGUGGAAUACCAGACAGUAGAGUUGGAACGGGAACUUGAAAAAGUGAAAAGCAAGAAAACAAAUCUAGAAAGGAGGAAAAAAGCUUCUGCUUGGGAAAGGAAUUUAGUCUAUCCAGCUGUCAUGAUAUUGCUACUGAUUGAGACGUCCAUCUCAGUUCUCUUGGUUGCUCUCAACAUUCUUUACCUGUUGGUAGAUGAGACUGCAAUGCCAAAGGGAUCAGGGGGGCCUGGAAUAGGAAAUGCCUCCCUAUCCACCUUUGGCUUUGUGGGAGCAGCGCUUGAAAUCAUUUUGAUUUUCUAUCUCAUGGUAUCCUCUGUUGUUGGCUUCUACAGUCUUCGUUUUUUUGAAAAUUUCACUCCCAGGAAAGAUGACACAACUAUGACAAAGAUCAUCGGGAACUGUGUCUCAAUCUUGGUGCUGAGCUCUGCUUUGCCAGUGAUGUCAAGGACACUGGGAAUCACCAGAUUUGAUCUGCUUGGAGACUUUGGAAGGUUCAACUGGCUGGGGAACUUCUAUAUUGUACUAUCUUACAACUUGCUCUUUGCUAUCAUGACAACAUUGUGUCUGGUCAGAAAGUUCACUUCUGCUGUGCGAGAAGAGCUCCUGAAGGCAUUAGGAUUAGAUAAACUUCAUCUAUCAAACAAUCCAAGAGACUCGGAGACAAAGCCGUCCGCAAAUGGCCAUCAGAAAUCACUGUGAUAACAAUCACCUGCAAUCAACAGAGCUGAAAACAUCAACCUCAUGGCAUUCCCGUCAUCUCAUCAGCAUUUUUAGAUUUCUUUUAGUUGUUGUUAGUUUGGGCCCAGCCUUGUCUCAUUUUUGAUGCUCUGUGCUUCUGAGGAAGUUAAGUGUGUCACAUUCUUCUCUUUCCAGUGAACUUUUGGUCUGCUUGUUUAUUUCCCAGUAAGUUAAUGCAGGAGGUGCCUUGAAGACUGGAAACUGAAGAGAAUAACGCAUUCCUUUUUAUUUGUUGAAAGUCUCACAUCUUUAUUUUUAAACUUGUUACCAUUUUGAAUGCACAGUACCUCCUGUGUUACACAAACACAACUAUAAAGAAUAACUUUGGGACUUGGUUAAAAAAAAAAAAAGAAAAGAAGCACUUGAAGCCCAAUAUGACCCUUACUGGAAAUAUAAAGUACCUGGAGUAGGCAUCCUUGACAGGAGACAAACAGUUCUACAAGAAUGUCUUAAAAAUAGCAGUAACUGGUGGAGAUCACAGUUCUCUUUGUGUUGGAUACAGUAGGCUGUGUCACGGUGCUUUCUCAGAAGGCCAGUGUUUUCAGCUGUCUGUCCUUAGCUCUAAAUGCCAGGUUACUUUACUGGUGGUCAAACAAUGUCUUAUUGAAGUCCACAUGAAGAUUACCUUCAGUGUUAAAUCUGAGCCUAGUAUGCUUUGUAAAAAGCUGUGUAGACCCCCUGUCACAGCUCUUACAGUUCUGUGAGCUACUGUGCUGUGGAGGUCCUUUACCCUUCCCAGUACCCCCUGUAAAAUUCUUGAUGAACUACUGUGUGUAAGCAGUACUUGUAAUCAAUGCAAGGAGCACAGGCCUAGGAGGCUGCAGUUGCAGUUUUCUAGUCUUUAAUUUGAAGUAAAUUUCUCUGAAUUUGUACUCCAGUUACCAGGAUUUCUGUUCAGUGGCACAGUUCGGUGUCUGUCACUAGCCUGUUUUUUUUAAUGUACACAUGAAGAUGUAUAUAGGCCUAUAUGUAUAGAUAUCGUAAAUUAAGAUUAUAGAGAUGACAUAGGUGGUUUGAUAAGUAAAACUUGUGUGUUCAAUCUUGGUAGUUUGAAUUUCUGCAGUGUUACAGUUUAACUGCUCAGAGGCCUUAGAUUCAGGAUGACAUUGGUGGGUGGUAACAUCCUUUCUCAUAGCAUUACUGCAGCCUUGGGAAUCCUGUAAGCAGUUUACAGUAAAGAAAAAAACAAAGUAAGUAUUCAAAAUCUGGUUACGUUUUUGUCGUGCUUCAAACAGAUUGGAAUGGGGCCGUGUUCAGUGAGUGCCCAUCAUGUAGGGAGCCAGAAAAUGUUCCUGUUUAUUUCCCAUUUCUAUAAAACAACUGUGUCAGUCUGUCUGUGAUUUGGGGUUUUAUAUGUGAUCAGCUGGGGACAACUUGCUCUCCAGUGGGGUUCCGAAAUAAGGUAAACCUUGUGUCAGAAACUCUUUGGCUGUUCUCCUGAGAUGACUUCUCUGGGCUGUUGCCCUUAUUGCUGUCUGUGUGAAUGUCUGCUUGGUUUUUUCACUAAAGUGCUUAAAAAUCAAGCUCCAGUACACAUGAGGAUUUCCUUCUUUUUUUUUUUUUUUUUUUAGCUGCCUUUUCUGACUUGAACUGGGGCAUAAUGUAAAUAUUGCUGUAGUAAAUAUGAUGCUAGAGAGUUACUUUUUUGUGUGUGUGAUUGGUAUAAAUUCAAGGCUUAUUGAACUGACUGUUGAUGUGUUGUACCAAGUCUUGGAAGACAAAGUAAAAUUGCUUGAUUUCACUAAGAUUUACAGACAUCUUUUCUGUUGUUUGAGUUUAAUGCUGACACUUUAGAGAGAAAUCUUUAUCUGAGUCGAAGUUCUGCAACUAAGAACAGGGAGCUGUAACUGAAAGAUGUUUUAAAAUGUGUUUACAUUUAAAAUAUUGGGAGAUAUAUUAUUAAGGGCACCAUUCAGGUAUUCUCAGAGCUUGUAGCCCUAUGUGUUAGCAUUAUAGUUAAAAACAACUGAAAUGUGUCCACUUCUUCAUGCAAGUCAUUGUAUGACCAAAAUUGUCCUCAUGUCUUGAUGGGGCUGGUGAAUUGUGGUGUGUGAGGCCAGUUAGCUAUAUAGAAAUCUUUUUGUUACAAAAUUAAGACAGUUAUUUUAAAUACACUCUGUGAAACUGAAGAAAUUAAUAUUACGAAUACACCAAGGGAGUGUGAACCAUCCUUGGUCUUGCUCUUCAUGCCUUUGGAGAGAUGUUUGUCCUGACACCAGUGACCCAGGAACACAGAAAAGGGUGGAUUAUACUGUGUGUGUGUGGUUUCUGAAAGUGAGUUGGGCAAUUACUUAAACUAAGCAGAGGCAGUUCCUGCUGAGAAGCACCCAAGCUUCAGGCAAGGCUUUAAAACUUAUUUUCAAAACAAGCAUUGCAGCCUUGACUGUCCCCACCCCUUCUGCUGGAUGUUGCAGGCAGAUGUAUGGGUUAAGCUAUGUAUGGAAAGAUUUUACACUGGAAUCUGUGGGAUGGUUGAGAUGCUGUGUGGUUUCCAAGAUGGUUGGGAAAUUCAGAACUACCCUGUGCAACUGCUGACAGUGUUUUGAUUUAAAAUGAGCUAUUGAUGUUAUGACACUGUCCACAUUAAAAUACACCUUUGGCCUUGAAAAUGACAUGCUUAUGCAAAACUUUGUUACUGCAUGUAAGAUACAGGUCACUGUAUACUCUUCACAGAACAUAUUGUCACUUAAAUACAAGCAACUGGUAAUUCAUUAAUGGAUAUUGACAGUACAUUCCUAGUAUUUUGACUCAUGUAGAGUCAGGUGUUCUAUACCUUCAAGGUAUAUACAGCUGAUCUUAGUAACAUUAACAUCUGCCUCACUUCUUAUGAGGCAAAAGCACAUCAAUGCUUCCAUCUUCAACUAGAUACCACGCAAGACCAAAAAAUAGAUGUAAACUAAAUGUUUUAAGUUAGCCGUUUCUUGGCUUUAUUCUGUGUUGGUAGCACAAUAUUAAAUGGAGUGGCAGAACUGUAAUAUUGUGGGGUUUCUAAGCCUAAAGCACACAUGCUUAUCACUUUUAAGCUAAAAAGUAAUGGUAUUGGUUACUGUACAAGUAACAAUUUUUGCAUUCAUAGGAAGCUUUGUUUACUGUCUGUAAUGUGAUGUUUAUCUUUGUCCCUGUUCCUCCAAUACCUUUGACCCUGUUGACUGUUUUAGUGUCAUAGAAAUUAAAGGAUUUGACAAGUUG